AUGGACGCUGCUGCGGGAUCGACGGGUGCACGGGGAGCUACUGCUUCUGGCCCUGGUACAUCUGAAUUGCCUUCGAGACCGAGGGGCGAUGGCUCGAGAGGUGGGAGAGGCAGGGGCCAAGGUAGAGGAAGGGGGAGAGGGCGAGGAGGAAAUGCAAACGGCAAUGGAGGAGAAAUCGGCCAGCAGACUCAACACCAGAACCACAAUGCCAACGCAGGAAGUGCAAGGAGAGGUGGACGAGGAGGCCAGAAUCUGACCCAAGGCCAGAGAAUGGGACCUGCGGUUUCAGCAGCAGAAGCAAAUCCUAGACCGAGUCCUAUGAAUGCACAGGAGCUGGCGGCAAGAUACAAACGGCCAGAGGGUGCGGAUGAGAAAGCUGGGGAUGAGGGCGAGGCGGAGGUGUGCUUCAUUUGCGCGUCGGAUAUCGAGCAUGAGAGUAUAGCACCUUGUAAUCACCGGACGUGUCAUGUCUGUUCCCUACGAAUGCGGGCACUGUAUAAGGACAAGAAUUGUGCUCAUUGUCGGACACCAGCGCCACUUGUGAUUUUUACGGACGACAAGACAAAGAAGUACGAGGACUUUACGAAAGAGGAUGUCUUUGAUACAGAUCCUAAUAUCGGGAUUCAGUACGAGAGUUUAGAUAUUCGACAGGACACAAUAUUCCUGCUGCAGUAUAAUUGUCCGGAACGUACUUGCGAUGUGUCUUGUAUCAGUUGGCCGGAUCUGCAUCGACAUGUGAGGGUGAUACACAAGAAGAAGAUCUGUGAUCUGUGUUCCAGGCAUAAGAAGACUUUCACGCACGAGCAUGAUUUGUACACUGAUGCCGAGCUCUCGAAGCAUAUGAAGAAAGGAGACGACAAUCCUGGUGCGGUGGAUCAGAGUGGAUUCAAAGGCCAUCCUUUAUGUUCAUUCUGUGGGACAAGAUUUUAUGGCGAUGAUGAGCUGUAUGUCCAUUGCAGGGAUAGUCACGAGAAGUGUCAUAUCUGUAGUGAGACCAAUGGAGGCGCUCCGCAGUACUUUCUCAACUACGAUGCGUUGUUUGCGCAUUUCACGAAGGAUCAUUGGAUUUGUAGGGAGCCGACUUGCUUGGAGAAGAAACUUAUUGUGUUUGCCACUGAGAUGGAUUUGAAGGCGCAUCAGUUGACAGAGCAUGGCAAUACCUUGUCAAAGGAUGUACGGAGAGAUACGAGAGUGGUGGAUAUCUCGUCCUUCGAUUACAGAGCUCCAUAUAUACAGGAGAGACGUGGUGGUGGUAGUCAGAGAGAACAGCGAGAAGGCCGUGGUCGGGGCAGAGGUAGAGAUCCGAAUGCAGAAGCAAUACCAGCCUCAACUGCUCAGCCUUUACGAAGAGACGAGCAGGCUUUCCAGCGACAGAUGGCUAUUCACAGUGCUCAAUCUGUUACUGGUCGUACUUUCGGAGGUCAGUUAACAGCUGCUUCGGCUCCUACUCCAACUAGAACUCCUGUACCAAUGACGAUAUCACAACCUUCGUCAAGUGUCGUCACGGCUCCUCGACCAGUCAGCACGACGGAAGUAUCACAAUCCAACAUGUCACCUCAAGAUCAUGCACGUGCAGUUAGACAUACAGCUGUCGUCGAACGAGCGAGUAGCAUGUUGCAAAAUGAUGCAACAAAGCUCUCUCAAUUUCGCAGUGCCAUUUCUUCUUUCAAGAAGAACGCCAUCACCGCGCCUGCUCUGAUCGAUUCCUUCUUUGCCUUGUUCUCAGACACGUCGUCUUCUGCUCUUGGCACUCUCGUUCGAGAGGUGGCGGAUCUCUACGAGGAUCCCAAGCAAGCAGACUCGAUUCGUACAGCAUGGAACAGCUGGCGUGCCAUUAAUGAAGAUUACCCGUCACUCCCUGCCGCAAGUAGCAGUAGCAGCAGUUCCAUCCCGCUCAACUGGGCCGUCACAUCAAGCUCCUCAUCAUCCUCCGCACCAAAACCCAAGACCAGCCGUGUACUGAAACUGAAGUCAUCAACCGCUCAAUCAUCUCGCUCCUCAGUCUCACAGACCCGAUCAUGGGGUACAGCAUCACCUUCAGUCUCACCUGCUUCCUCCACGAGCAUCAAUCCCUUCCCUGGUCUUCCAACAGCAUCAUCAUCAAGCAGACCCAGCGUGCCAACAGGCAAGAUCUCAACAGUUUCCUGGGCAGCUUCAUCUUCUGCUUCAGCAUCGAACUCAGCUUCUACCUCUGCGCGUCCUACACCACCGUCAUCAAGACCUGCAAGCAGGAAUGUAGGCAAGGAUAGUAGUGCAUUCCCUGCUCUACCACCCGCUGCUAAACCCCAAAGUACGAUUUUUGGUUAUGGGAAUGGGAUGGUAAAAAGAGGAGGUAAUGCGGUUGCCACGACGGCGAAUCCUUGGGCUGUGGGCUCAGGAUCGAGUUCAGGCGCUGCUGGUGGAAGUGGAAGUGGUGGGCUUAAUGGAGAGGAGGGUGAGGAUGGUGAGGGAGCGGGGAAGGGAAAGAAGAAGGGGAAUAAGGGGAAGAAACAGGUGUUGAUGAAUUGGGGAUGA